AUGAACAUUCUUCAAUCGUUUGAUCAAAGCAUUUUUCAACUUCUCUUGGCAACUGACGAUUUCUUGGAGAAGGACGCUAGAAAUAGAAAUGGAGAGGAAAUGGACGAUUCAGCUUCGGAUGACGAAGAACAGAAAUCUCCAAAAGGUCGCAAAUCAAAGAAGGAUCAAGCGUAUGGAGUUCAUCGCGGUCUUGAUUUACACGGUGUUAAAUGUGUUAUUAAUUACGACAUGCCAGAAACAGAGAAAGCUUAUAUCCAUCGCGUUGGAAGGACUGCGCGUGCAGGAGCUUCGGGUGUUGCUUUAACUUUGUGCAGCUCCAACGACACCAAGGAAGAAGCUCUUCUAGAGAAGAUUAUUGCAUCGCGCUCGUCACUGACGAAUCCUGGUCAACCUGCGGUUCAACAGCUAGGGUUGAAUCUAAAGGACAUUGAUUGUUUCAGAUACCGAGUAGAAGACAUACUCAAAACAGUGACACCCAAGGCUGUCGGGUCUCUGCGGCUACAAGAACUGCAACGAGAAGUGUUGCAUUCCCAAAAACUCAAACAGCAUUUCGAAGCGAAUCCAGACGACGCACGGGCUUUAAAAAAAGCAUUUAGGCAGACGACUCACACCUCCAGUCGUCAUUUGCAAGAUCUUCCAGCGUAUCUCAAACCUUCAGUAUCAGCGUUGACCACGAUGACACCCGUAGAAUCGGCGGUACAGAAAUUACAGCAGGAUGAAAACAAACAAAAUCCAAGGAAAAGAAAGCGGUGGACAGAUCCAUUGAAGAAUUUUUCGGGACAAGGGCCACGCAAGAGAUACAGAAUUGACGAAAUUCUCUCACGGCAGCUUUCUAAGGAGCCUGAUUACUCGACAACCGCGCCUGAGAAUCUUCCUGCUAUCUCAGGUAGUCUCGGCUCGUUUAACAGUACCAUCAUUAUUUCUUCUUGCAGGGCGCAAGCUCCACAAAAUCCAGCGGCACCAGCCCCUCAAGAAACCAGAACGCAUGCCCAAUUUUAA